AAUGGUUGAAUAUACCAUCGCUCAUUUUGCCAAGAACCAAGAACUACCUCAAAUUUUUCAAUCAUCUUCCAAUCAACAACCACCGCUCGUAGUUGAUUCAGAAACCUUACAGUCAAUAUUCAAUGCUGCAAAUGCAUUUUCUGCUUCUCCAGGGAAUGGAGUUAAUAAUGAAGAGGAUAUUGUUAAUAACAACGAUAUUGGACAAUUUAAUCCUUUACUGAUCAACACAAACUCCCCUCUAAAUAAUGGACAGAUAGAGAAAGGGAUUUUGACUAGUGAACAGAUGCAUAGGCAUUGGCGUAAAAAAGUUUGUGGAGUCUUAUCUAACGGAAGCGUAAGCCAUAAGAACGAGGUAUCACGCAAUAGUAGCAAAAAGCGUAAAGAUCAACAAAGCACUCAGCAAAGGUUCGAUUCAGAUCUUGGAGGGAGAGAAGAUGUGGAUUCUGAAGUAAGCUCAAAAACUACUCUUGAACGCCAAAAUAGCGGCAAAAACCAUUUAAGUGUGAAUAUGUUUAAUUUUGAAGAUCCCCGACUAAAAAGGAUAUCGAGAUCACUCCCAGAACAUUUUUGUAUUGAACCCGAGCAAAAGAUCAUUCAAAGGGUAAGAAGGAAAAAUUCAUUUAGAGACUCGGCAAGAAUAAUAAGGAAUCAGCUCCAUACACGUGCACACUUUCUAAAAAGAACAAUAGGCCAGUUAAGAGGCCGAGAGAUGGCAAAUAAAAUUGAUCAAAAAUCAAGAAUAAUAUUUCCUAUUGCUUUUAUAAUUAUGAAUAUUUGCUAUUGGUCUUACUAUUUGAUUCUCAAUUAA